CUCCCGUCAUCGUCGUCACCGCCACCCAUUCCUCCAUGGAAGUUCUCUGAUCAGAAGGUAACACCGCCACCGCCGUCGAGGUUCCGUCGACGUCCGCCGGCGCAGUCGCCGGCCGGCCGGCUCUCGGCCGAUUCCCGGUUUCUUUUCUUCCUCCUCCUUUCCAGAAUGAGCGACGAGGCGCAGAAGCGGAGCACCGACUGCGUCUUCUUCCUGGCCUCGCCUCUUACCUGCAAGAAGGGGCUUGAUUGCGAGUACCGUCAUAAUGAAAUCGCGAGGCUGAACCCAACGGAUUGCUGGUAUUGGUUAGCUGGAAACUGUCUUAACCCCACUUGUGGAUUCAGGCAUCCUCCACUGGAUACACAUGAUGAAGUAUCAUCUGAGUUACAUAUGGCACCUGCAAAUAAGAUCAGCACUCCUUGUUACUUUUAUUAUAAUGGGUUCUGCAACAAAGGUGACAGUUGUACCUAUUCUCAUGGAUCUGGCUCUGGUAGAUGUGCUGCGGUAUCUUCAAAAGAAACAUUGGAAGUAAUCAACGCUCUGUCCUUAGACAGGAAGGCAUUUACUGGGGAUGGACAUGAUACCGAUUUAUCUUCACAUAAAGAAUCUAAAAUGACAAAAUUAACACCGUCAGAAUGGAAGAUUACUGAUGGCGAUGAUUUUGCAUCAGCACCGCUGGAGGAACAUCCCAACUUGUCCGGAUCUUCGCCAACGGCAGGGAAUUUGAGUUGUCUAUAUAAGGAAGAUAAACAAAAUGUAUUGAUUCAAGAUGGUGUACAGCUGAAUGACUCUCCUCAGGUUUCCAUGUCUGAUUGUGAAGAAGAUGCUGAAACUGGGUCUGAAUAUAUGCUUACUGCAGAAGGUCUUACUCAAAGUAGGUCGCAUAGGGACCCUGGUCAUGGUUCAGAGGAACAAGUGGAAGACCAUGUUGUGAGAGAGGGAUAUUGGGAAUCGCCUGUCCUAGUGAAUGGUGGAUCCAAGAGCUUGGCCAUCCAGGGUAAUCAAAAGUGUUUCCUGGAACUUGAUCCACAGUAUAGGCAUUUCGAUGGCCAUGUCUCUGACUAUGAUUCGGAUGUUUCAGCUGAGCAUGAGCCCAUGUACCCUGAUGCAGAAAAUUCAUGUGAAUAUGAAACGUAUGAUUCUGACAAUGACUCGCAUAUUGACCGUAGUUCUAAUGAUGCCCAAAGUUUAUCUGUUCGGUUUAGGGAGACUGCCUCAGAUGUUGUGUUCUUACGUGAAAGAGAGAUGCCGCAUAUGGAACUCAGACAUGAUGACCACCAUGAUUUGGAUCUCUGGAGCCCCUUAAGGAAAAACAAUACAAUUGAUUCAUUUUCCCGUUUACCGAGAAGGCAUGGCUCAUUUCAUCUGGGUGUUCAUAGACAGGAAAGGCUUGUGCUGGGUCGGAGGAUGCAUGGAAGAUUAGCAUUAGUGGGGAAGAAUGCCGUCGAAUCAUUUCGAGACAAAGAAAAGUUUCUUGAUGGCUUUAAAAGGCAUGGUUGGCUCAGGCACCGAGAAAUGGAUAAGUUUAGGGCUCACUAUAAGGAGAAAAGGCUGCCUAAAUGGAGGUCUCAUACAACCAAAGCUUCAAGAAAACCACUUUCAGGGUGGCGGCAAUCUGCUGUGGACGCUGCUUCUUUUACCGGUCCCAAGACUCUUGCACAGAUCAAAGAAGAUAAGAGGAGAGCUAAAGAGGUUUGGUUUCGGUCAGGUGGGUGUUCUGGUAAAAAGUUGGCAGCAGAUUUCCAGGGGCCUAAACCUCUGAGUGAACUUCUUAAGGACAAAGGAAAUGUCAAUUCAGAGAUGUAACAUAGAAAUAAUGGUCAUUUUGAAAAAGAAUAAAAGAAAAAAUUACAAUCGCUUGAUGGAACAAGAUGAAAAUCUUGAGGUGUCUUUUUGCAUGCCGAGCAUGAUCCCUACUAUUCUUUCUGUCUUUUGAAUGGUUCUCUUUCAUAAGAAACAGGAAUUAGAACAUUGACGGUA